AUGCUGGCGUUUUCCGAUGGUACCCGGGUAACAACACCGUCCCGAGCGUGCCACAACUGCCGCCGCCGUCGUCUGCGAUGCGACCGCUCGCUUCCUUCCUGUCGAAAGUGUUCCUUGGCUGGAAAGGAAUGCCUUGGAUAUGGACCGCUUCUCCGGUGGGCGAAUGCCCCAGCCGUCCGCGGUAAGCUCGUGGGACGGCUAGGGGCAGCAUGCCCUUCUCGCCCAAUUGAAGACGUGACGGACAGCAGCAAACAGCCCUUUCUUUCCAUUCCACCUGCGCUUCUUGACCCGUCGAUCAACGGGCUUGGCCCGAAGACGAAACAAUACGUCCAUCACUUCGCUACAGUCGUGUGCCGCGACUUGGUUUCCUUCGACCAGCCAAACGACAACCCUUUUCGGAGCAUCAUCCCGCCGGCCGGGGCGUUUGGCUUUCUCGGCGCUAUCAUCGUCGCCACGGGGGCAAUGAAUAUGGCGGCCAUGUUAGGCCGGUAUGAUGGCCUAAGACGACCUGAAUUAAUCGACGCCUUGGUCGCAAAAGACCGGGCCAUGAGCCUUCUACGCGCUGCGGUUGACGACUUGACGCCAGCCAGCCUGCCCAUGGUUGUUGCCGCGACGGUCUUUCUCGUGAACUUGGAUCUGAUCGACUCAGGGAAAGGGGGUUGGCAGGUCCAUAUCGAGGCUGCCACCAAGCUCAUGCCGUCGCUACUCCACAAUUCCAUCCUCGCUUCAAAUCGGUCGCUCAUGCGAUGCCUCGACGUCAUCACUGCUGACUGUCUGACUUACCGGGUUCUGGGUGCCGCCAUCAGCGGACUUGACCUGACGCACUGGGCCGAGGAGGAGCCCGCCGAGUUUCUAGGUGUGCUAGAACGAGCCGCCGCAUACACCUAUCACUGCUGCCCGCCCGAGAUACUCCAGAUCUUCCUGCUGGCGAGCAAGCUACACAGCAAUAGCAAAGACGGCGAGGCUGGGGCCGAUCCCGAUCGAAUCAACAAGGCUCUUGCGCUCUUGCAAGCAGCCCGUUCCUUCGAUGUCGUCAAUUGGGUCCACAACAUCCCCGGCCUUUCGGCACACGACGACCUGCCAGCCCGAAUUACCAUCGGCCACGCCCAUCGCGCCACCGCAUGUCUAUACAUCAUCCUUGCUAUCCCUGAGGCGGCUGAUUGUCCGUCCCUCACAUCCCCAUCCCACGCGGACGUCGUUGUCCAGGAGGUUCUCGGCUACCUGUCUGCUGUGCCCAUCGAUCAUGUGCAUCUCAAAGGCACCAUCUGGCCGACUUUUGUAGUGGGUGCACAGACGGACGACCCGGCACAACGAACGUGGUGCCUCGAGCGGCUGGAGGCUGUCUGGACACGGAAUCCGUGGAUGUGUCCGUGGGGGUAUAUCCGGACGACCAUACGGAUGAUGCAAGACCUGUGGGCUAUAAGGGAUUCCCGUAAGGCUGCAGGCGAGCUGGGUUCGGGAGGGCGAAAUUGGCUGUGGGAGUUGAAGAGUAUGAGAGAUAAGUGUUUGAUUGUGUAG